AUGAAGGCCGAUUGGUACGAAGGCGCUGAUUCAGAAGGUGGCAUGAGUCAAGAGGGGGAGGAGAAAAGAAAAGAGGUGUGUGAGGAGGAGUGUGAAAAAGAGGCGUGUGAGAAAGAAAAAGAGGAGCCAAAAGAGGUGAAGGAGUUGUUGGAGAAAUAUCAAGACUGUUCCGUGAAGCAUGCUGGGUUGGGUCGUGUGAAUGCCGUAUCACAUGAAAUCAAGACAACCACCGACACGCCCAUCAAAAGCAAGCCGUAUCGAUUGACAUGGAGUGAGGAAACUCAGCUGCGAAAGGAGUUGGAUCAUCUUCUGGAGUUGGGGCUGAUUACGCCAUCUCAAGGCGAAUGGACAUCACCAGUGCUUUUUGUUGCUACGAAGGAUGGCUCGUUACGGUUGUGUGUUGACUAUCGGCGUCUCAACAAGAUCACUGUCAAGGACCAUUUUCCAUUACCUUUCAUUGAAGAGCUGGUUGAUUCUAUGGGUGGAGCAAGGUAUUUCUCAACAUUGGAUGCUGCGUCAGUCUAUUGGCAGGUACCAAUGCAUGAGGAUUCCAUUCCCAAGACCGGUUUUGUGACGAAGUAUGGGGUGUUUGAUUGGUGCGUAUUACCUUUGGCUUGA